UUCUCUACCACUCAGCUCACUGUUUCAGUAGCCAUGGAAACUCCUUUACUCCUUUUGCUUUUGUCGGCUUUCUUACUUUCCAUAUCAAAUAUUUGCUUGGGAAAGGAUAUCGAUUUAAUUUCAAGAACGCAAUUUCUGAAAGAUGGGGAUACCAUCAUCUCAAAAGGUGGGAAAUUUGAGAUGGGAUUUUUUAGCCCCACCAAUUCCCCAAACCGUUACGUAGGAAUCUGGUACAAACAAAUUCCUGUUCAGACAGUGGUUUGGGUUGCAAACAGAGAUGCUCCACUUGCCAAAACAUCAUCUUCAACAGUCUUGAAGAUCACCAAGCUGGGAGGCCAACUUGCACUUGUCGGAGACAAGGGUCAGGCUGUUUGGUCUGUGAAAACAUCAAGAUCCGUGCAAAAUCCGGUUGCAGAGUUGUUGGAUUCAGGGAACCUGGUGGUGAGAGAUGCAGAAGAUGAAAAGCCAGAGAAUUUUAUUUGGCAAAGUUUUGAUCAUCCAACUGAUCAUUGGUUACCUGGGAUGAAGUUUGGGUGGAAUAUAGAGACUGGCCAUGAAGUCUUUUUUACAGCUUGGAAGGGUGAAAAUGACCCAGCUUCAGGCCAAUAUACAAUGCACCUGGAUCCGACUGGAUAUCCACAACUUAUUAUCAACAAUGGAACAACUGAGGUUUUAAGCUUAGGUCCAUGGAAUGGUUUGCGCUUUAGUGCAACAUCAGUAGAUCCGAGCAGCAGUAGAGGAAUCCCCCGCAUCAAUGGCCCACAUGGAGUGGUUAUAAAUAAAAAGGAGGUUUAUGCUUGGUAUAAUCUCAGCAAUGAUUUGGGUUUAUUUAGAUUUGUUGUUACAAGCAAUGGUAUUCUGAAAUUAUGGGUAUGGGAAGAUGAGAUGAAGCAGUGGGUGAGUAAUCGUGGCCAACCAUCAGAUACUUGUGGCACAUAUGGUUUAUGUGGUGGAAAUGGUGUCUGCAACAUAUAUGAAUUUCGUAUUUGUGUAUGUUUAGACACAUUUUUGCCUAAUAAUAAUGCCAUAGCCACAGAAAGUAUGUCACAAGGAUGCCACAGGAGAAAACCCCUGAGUUGCCACAAUAAUGGAUCUUCAUCGGAUGGAUUCCUCAAAUAUUCUGAUAUCAAAUUGCCAGAUUCAAAGCACUCUUGGUAUAAUGAAUCUAUGAGCCUUCAAGAGUGCGAACAAGUUUGCUUGAGGAAUUGCUCUUGCAUGGCUUAUUCCACUCUCAAUAUAACUAAUGGAGGAAGUGGGUGUUUGAUUUGGUAUGAUGAUUUGGUUGAUAUGAGAACCGUAUACAAUGGGCAAGAUUUGUACAUCAGACUGGCUUCUUCUGAAAUACCAGGGUUAAAACCAGAACCACAUCAUUCAAGCUUAUUGGGGAGGAAAAUAAAAAUCCUUGUGCUUUGUUUGUCGAUGCUUGUUGUAAUAGUUCUUGCUGGGGUGUCUCUUUUCUUGUAUAUUUGCAAAUCAAAAAGGAAAGAUCAAAAGUUGAAGGAAGAAUUUGAGCUACCUGUAUUCGAUUGGUCAACAGUAUCAAGAGCUACAAAUAAUUUCUCAGAGAUGAACAAAUUAGGCCAAGGUGGAUUUGGAGCUGUGUACAAGGGUGUAAUGGAUGGGAGAGAAGAAAUAGCUGUGAAGAGGCUAUCAAAGAAUUCCAAACAAGGACUUGAGGAAUUCAAAAAUGAAGUUAUUUGUAUUGCCAAAUUGCAACAUAGGAAUCUUGUCAAGCUUUUGGGAUGCUGCAUUAGUGGGGAAGAAAAAAUCUUGAUCUAUGAAUACAUGCCGAACAAAAGUUUGAACUUUUUCAUAUUUGAUCAAACAAAGAAAAAGUUGCUUGAUUGGCCAAAACGCUUCAACAUAAUUAAUGGAGUUGCGCGAGGGUUAUUAUAUCUCCAUCAAGAUUCUCGACUAAGAAUAAUCCAUAGAGAUCUCAAAGCCAGUAAUGUUUUGCUUGAUACUGAUUUGAACCCAAAGAUAUCAGACUUUGGCUUGGCUAGGAGUAUAGUAGAAAAUUCAACGGGAGAUAACACAAACCGAGUUGCUGGAACACAUGGGUAUAUAUCUCCUGAAUAUGCAACACAUGGGAUCUUCUCAGUUAAAUCAGAUGUGUUUAGCUUUGGUGUUUUAAUACUAGAGAUAGUUUGUGGCAAGAGAAAUAGCAAAUUUUCGAAUGAAGAUCAAUAUGAGACCCUUCCUGGGCAUGUAUGGAAGUUUUUUAGAGAAGGAGAAUCACUCACACUAGUUGAUGAGCAUAUAUCUGAUUCAUAUGAUGUAGCUCAAGUCUUAAGGUCAAUUCACGUCGGUCUUUUAUGUGUUCAACAAUCUCCUGAAGAUAGACCAAACAUGUCUUCUGUUGUUCAAAUGUUGGUUAAUGACGUUGUGUUGUCACAACCUAAAGAGCCUGGCUUCUUCGUUAGCAGGAGGGUUGCUGUUAACUCAGAGAGUUCUUCAGGCAAACAUGCAACAAGUUCCCUCAAUGAAGUCACAAUGUCAUCAUUGGAUCCUCGUUGAUUAAUGCAUAACUUAGAAUCCUAAAAUUCGCUCAGAAUGCAUAAACUCAUAUGACAAAAACGUAAGUUGUGAAAAAUGUAUGAUAUGUUGAAUUGAUGCUUAUAAAUUUGAAAUGCAUCCAGACAUUAUUGUUAAGAAAUGUGAACAUUAUUAUUUAUGUA